AUGCUGGAUGAAGAUAGAGAAAGGGGGAAUUUGGCAUUAGAUACUUACAAAUAAUAUUUUAAAUUAACUGGAUAUUUUAAUAUAAUUUUGUUGACUUUUGUAUAGAUUUGUUGGAUAGGAUGCUAUUUUGGUACUUCCAUUCUGAUUGCUCUUUGGACAUCUAAGGCAGAGGAGGAUGAAAAUAUCGACAAUUAUAAAUAUUUAGAAUUCUACUUUUAUUUCUCAUUGGGAUAGGGAGUAUUUGCAUUUCUGAGACCUCUGUUGUUAGUUUCUGCUGGUACAAGAACAUCUGACAAAAUCCAUACAAAAAUGAUAAAUUGUUUAUUAUAUGCUCCUUAAUGUUCAUUUUUUGAAAGAGUGCCUUUGGGUAGAAUAUUGAAUAGAUUAACAAAGGAUUAAAAUUCAUUGGAUAGUGAAAUAUAUUGGGGUUUGAGUUGGUUUUUCAUCUCUGUGAGUUUAUUGAUAGCAAAUUUGACUAUUUAUGUUUACUCGAGUACUGCUUACAUGUUAAUCCCUUUGUUCUUUUACUUCAGUUUAUGUUGGUGGAUUUAGUUAUUAUAUGUGACAGCAAGUAGAGAAUUGCAAAGAUUGGAAUCCAUCUCUAAAAGUCCUAUAGUGAGUUUCUUUGGUGAAUGCAUAAAUGGGUAGAGUUAUGUGAGAGUAUUUAAAAAGGAAAGUAAGUUCAUAGAAAAGCAUUGUGACAAUAUGGAUGUAAAUCGAAGAGUGUUUUUAGAAUUAAUAGGAACAUAGACAUGGUUUAUGUUGAUAUUGGGAUUGGUAAGCUUAGUUGUUAAUGCCAUGGCAAUAGUUUAUUGUGUAUUCUUCUCCUUUUCAAAUCCAUCUUUGGCUGGAUUACUAUUGACAUAUGCAACUUAAAUUGAUGGUAAUGUCUCAGAAUGUGUUCAAUCCUUUAGUUAAUUGUAAUUGGGAUUGGUCUCAUUUGAGAGAUGUUUGGCAUUCACUAAGAUAGAACCUGAACCAGGAUAUAAAGAGUUAGAGAACUAUUUAGAUCAUUGGCCGAAAUAGGGAAGGAUAGACUAUGAUAAUUAUUCAGUCAGGUAUCGAGAAGGAUUGAAACCUGCUUUGAAGAAUCUAAAUUUUACGAUCGAUCCUUAAGAUAAGAUUGGAGUUGUAGGUAGAACUGGAGCAGGUAAGUCUACUAUGACACUAACUCUCCUAAGAAUUCUAGAGGCUCUUGAAGGCAAGAUUGUUAUAGAUAAUGUUGAUAUAUCGACUAUCUCUUUAAAAUAACUUAGAGAGCAUAUCACUAUGAUUAUGUAAGAUUCAACGAUCUUUGAUGGUACUUUAAGAGAGAACAUAGACCCUUUAAAUUAGAGAACGGAUGAAGAAAUCGUAAGUGUCUUGGAGUAAUGUUGUUUGAAGGAGUUGACUUAGCAGAGGAAUGGAUUAAAUACUUAAAUUAGUGAAGGAGGGGACAAUCUGAGUUCAGGAGAGAAGUAAUUAAUUUGCAUUGCCAGGGCUGUUUUGAAAAAAAGUAAAGUCGUUCUCAUUGACGAGGCAACAGCAAAUAUUGAUGUUGAAACUGAGCAUAAGAUAUAAGAAACAAUUUUGAAUGCAUUCAAGGAUUGCACUGUUAUUACAAUUGCUCAUAGAAUUAAUACUAUUUUGCAUUGUGAUAAAAUAAUUGUUGUUGAUGCAGGGGAAAUCAAAGAGUAUGGCAAGACAAAGGAAUUAUUAUUAUUAAAGGAUUCCAUCUUCUAUGGUAUUUAUUAAGAAGCAUUGAAACAUAACAAAAAAUGA